GAAGCAGCGCUGCCCCCCCUCCCUGCGCCGUAUAAAAGCCUGAGCACAGAUCGGGUUCGGUCCUUUUUUGUCUCUUAACUCGGGCUUCUUGGUUGCUGGACUUGAGCCGCUGAUUAAAAAUGGGAAAGGAGAAGACCCACAUCAACAUCGUGGUCAUCGGCCACGUCGACUCCGGCAAGUCCACCACCACCGGACACCUGAUCUACAAGUGCGGCGGGAUCGACAAGAGAACCAUCGAGAAGUUCGAGAAAGAGGCCGCUGAGAUGGGAAAGGGCUCCUUCAAGUACGCCUGGGUGCUGGACAAGCUGAAGGCCGAGCGUGAGCGUGGUAUCACCAUCGACAUCGCUCUGUGGAAGUUUGAGACCAGCAAGUACUACGUGACCAUCAUCGAUGCUCCUGGACACAGGGACUUCAUCAAGAACAUGAUCACUGGUACCUCCCAGGCUGACUGCGCCGUCCUGAUCGUCGCUGCCGGUGUCGGAGAGUUCGAGGCCGGUAUCUCCAAGAACGGCCAGACCCGUGAGCACGCCCUGCUGGCCUACACCCUGGGCGUGAAGCAGCUCAUCGUCGGCGUCAACAAGAUGGACUCCACCGAGCCGCCAUACAGCCAGAAGAGGUACGAGGAGAUCACCAAGGAAGUGAGCGCCUACAUCAAGAAGAUCGGCUACAACCCCGCCACCGUGGCCUUCGUCCCCAUCUCCGGAUGGCACGGAGACAACAUGCUGGAGGCCAGCGACAAGAUGGGCUGGUUCAAAGGCUGGAAGAUCGAGCGCAAGGAGGGCGGAGCUACGGGCGUCACCCUGCUGGAGGCGCUGGACUCCAUCCUGCCACCCAGCCGCCCCACAGACAAGCCGCUCCGCCUGCCGCUGCAGGACGUCUACAAGAUCGGCGGUAUCGGAACCGUCCCCGUGGGCCGUGUUGAGACCGGCAUCCUGAAGCCCGGCAUGGUCGUCACCUUCGCUCCCCCCAACCUGACCACUGAGGUCAAGUCCGUGGAGAUGCACCACGAGUCUCUACCCGAAGCUCUGCCCGGCGACAACGUGGGCUUCAACAUCAAGAACGUCUCUGUGAAGGAAAUCCGCCGUGGAAACGUGACCGGAGACAGCAAGAACGACCCGCCUCUGGCUGCAGAGAACUUCACCGCUCAGGUCAUCAUCCUGAACCACCCCGGCCAGAUCGCCCAGGGCUACGCCCCCGUGCUGGACUGCCACACCGCUCACAUCGCCUGCAAGUUCAGCGAGCUCAAGGAGAAGAUCGACCGCCGUUCCGGCAAGAAGCUGGAGGACAACCCCAAGGCUCUGAAGUCUGGAGACGCCGCCAUCAUCACCAUGGUGCCCGGGAAACCCAUGUGUGUCGAGAGCUUCUCCCAGUAUCCCCCGCUGGGUCGCUUUGCCGUCCGCGACAUGAGGCAGACGGUGGCCGUCGGCGUCAUCAAGACCGUGGAGAAGAAGGCGCCCUCGGGCGGAAAGGUCACCAAGUCUGCACAGAAGGCCGAGAAGAAGAAAUGAAUCUUCAUGCAAGACGUCCAGCAGAAAGUGGCGCCUCAGCUUUUGCCGUCUGCUCCUCACCACCCGACGCCUUCUUCUCUCAGGCACAGAUCUCUACUCAAGGACUGUCUUAUGCUGAUUAAAGCCCAUCGCAAAAGUUUCCGCAGGAAAGGAGGCUGCUCUGCCUUCAACUGGAAGCUCUGGUGUUAGCUAAGAUGAAAACAAUAAAAGCCUCGCAGAAUCAA